AUGAGGAGGAGAAGGAGCAGUAACAGGAGCAGGGACAUGGAUUAUUUCAUGAGGAUAAGACCAAAAGAAGCAUAUGAAUUUCCAGCACCUGGAUUUCUGCAAUCAAAAACUCAUUGUCCGUGGUUAGUGUAUCGUCAUGGGGAAGAUAAUUUAUGUCAAACCUUUUGUAACAUUAAUUCAUCUUCAAGAGGUGUCAUCUUCAAGGAUAUUCCGAAUUUACGACGGCAAGGAGUAGUCUAUUGUUCCCCUGAUGGGAACCGGAUACUUUUGAGCAAGUUCACUCCAGAGGAGCAGUUCUUUUUUGCGUGGAGUGUCAAAGAGGACGAAGUAAUCCAUUUGCCUCCUCUCGGACGACGUCUUGGAGCUUAUAUUAUUCGUUAUGGAUUGUUGUCAGAUUCCUCACCCUCUUUGGUACUUUUAUUUGUUGAACAGAUGCCUCGGAUCUUAUAUUUCCGCAUUGGUGACCGAGACAACACUUGGAGAGUGUUCAAUUAUGCUGAUAGCAUUAUAGCACAAACUGGUUACCCUCUUAAACCACGAUAUUUCUUGUGCAGUCCUGUCAUCUUCAACGGCACCAUAUAUGCCACGGCCUCCGGCUACACAGAUCUGGUGCAGAUUACUAUUGAUUACGACAAUGAUCAUUGCGAGACGCGUUUGUUAAUGCCGGAAGAUGAUGAUGAACGUGCAGGUUUCCUCGCAAAACGGCACUGUCAAGGUUUAGUCUCACGCCACUUUGUAAGGAUUUUCUUGGUGAAUUUGGGGGAUCAAGAUCUCUAUCUCAUCUUAAUGUACCCGCUGUCUAUAAAUCGAUAUCGAGAUGAACUGUCAAUAUCCAUUCUCCAAUUUGAUUUUUCGUCGAAUACUUGGCAGGAAAGGACAAGUUUGAAUGGGGGGACUGUUUUCUUGUGCCCUGACUACUCACUUUCCUUAAGCACUGUUGGCGGCUCAAACAGCGAAUGGAGUUACAUAUAUUUCACCUUUGAGAACGAUCAAACCUUGUUCUCUUACAGGGUCGAGGAUGAGAAAGUUACAUCAUAUUUGGUUUGCCCACCCAAUAUUCUAGAAGGGGAAAAAUGGCUUCCUUAUUGGAUUAUGCCUGCUCUGCCUCUUGAUGAUGGUCAUGAGCUUGUUAAUAAUCAGCAACAACAGCAGGAGAAUGCACCUGAUUUCACAGGUGUAGUAACUAGUGACAUGGCGGAGUUUUGGAACAAGUGUAGACGACAAAGAAGCCGUCCUACUAAGAGAAGACGGGUGAUGGAGCAGCAGAAUGAAUCAGCAAUGGCUGCAAACUCUGGAAAUAUUCCUUCGUUGUGCGACCUACCCCAAGAGGUACUUGGUUUGAUUGCGGGAAAUCUGUGCUAUGUUGAUUACAUUCAUUUUCGCUGUCUCAAUCGAGUUUGCAGCUCCAGCAUCGUUCGCCCGAUGUUGAAUUCCUUCUUCCGUCCAUCCUUGAUAUACAAGGAUAGAAGUAAAGAUGUGUACAAUAUAGUGGCCGAUUCCAAUCUUAGUCGAAAAUUGUCAGUUAAGGCUCCCACUGCCUUAAAAGACUAUGUGAUUCGUUGCACCAGAGGUGGUUGGUUACUCUUGGAAAACAGCCACGAUUUAGCUUUUCUUAAUCCAUUGACAAUGCAAAUACAUAAAGCAGGACAUGCUUGUGUAAGGGAGCAUCGAUCUGGAGAAACACAACGGAAAUCUGGAAAAGCACAAUGGAGGGCGUUUGGCGUCGAAAAAAAAGUUAUCAAAGGUUCCAGCAGUCCAGUAGUCUUGGGAAACUUGUUUUACUAUUUGGGGGAUAAUGGGAUGCUUGGAUGUGGGCGAUUUAUUAUUGAUCAAGAUGGAGAAUGCAUACCCUGCUGGGAAGUUCUCAAUGGCCUCGUCUUCCCUCGUCCAAAGUUUAAACGAAAUUAUCUGACCGAGUGUGGUGGAGAGCUUCUAUCCAUACUAGUGGGUGAUGAUGAUCGAGGAAAAAGACCGUGGGUUCGAGUAUUUAAGCUCAGGGAUCACGAGGAAUGGGAAGAAAUGGAAACGUUGGGAGGUCAUUGUCUAUAUUUGAGUAGACUGUCAUCGAUAUCUUGUCUCGCGCCAAAUCCAUAUGUGGCGAAUAGAAUUUAUUUUCCUAAAUUCUACAAGGAUGAAUUGGUGUAUUAUUCUUUAAGCACAAAGAGAUAUCAUUCUGCGGGGAGCCAACAAGAAUUGCAGAGUUUCAAUGAAACCAGCAGGUUCGUGGACUGUGCCUGGAUUCAGCCUAGCUGGACAUGA